ACGUAGCACUGACUCUAUAGUACUGGACGGCACACCGCACACUUUUUCUUCACGCGUCUGCUUUCAGCCCGAGAUUUGUUACACGAGUCACUGCAAUGACGGACGUGAAAGUAGCUGAGACAGAUGACCCUUACAUGUUUCCUUACAAAGGGUGCAAUUUUCCAAAAAAUGCAACUUCUCCGGAGUACUUAGAGACCCUGGAGGACUUCGAAAUACGAGACAGCGACGUUUUCCUGGUGACUUAUCCGAAAUCUGGAACUGUAUGGACCCAACAAAUCCUCAUUUUGAUGUUUGCAAAUGAUAACAGUGGGGACUACAAGUCAAACUUUGAACGAAUGCCUUGGAUUGAGAUCCAAGUACCGGAUCUUGAUGUAAUGAAUCGUCCGUCGCCCCGUCUCUUUUCUUCUCAUUUGCCUUACUAUCUGGCACCAAAGGGUUUGAAAGAAAAAAAGGGUAAAGUGAUUUAUGUCUUACGUAAUCCGAAAGAUACAAUGGUGUCCUACUUUCAUUUUUCCAAGAUGAUGUUGACAUUGAAAACAGAGAAUAACAUCGACGACCUUUUGGAGAAUUACUUAAGUGGAGAUAUGGUUUAUGGCUCCUGGUUUGAACAUGUUAAAGGCUGGUUCACCCACAAGGAUCAACUUAACUGCCUAUUUUUAUCCUAUGAAGAAAUGGUUAAGGAUCUCCACAGUGCAGUCGUGAAGAUCAGCAAAUUCAUGGGCAAGGACCUUGAUGAUGCCACCAUUGACAUGAUUGUGGAAAAGUCCACUUUCAAAAACAUGAAGAAUGACCCCAAAGCAAAUUACGAAUUUUUUCCGGAUGAUGUUACUGACAAGAAACAAGGACACUUCCUCAGAAAAGGAAAGGUUGGGGACUGGAAAAACACAUUAACUGUGGCUCAAAAUGAACGUUUCAAUGAAGUAUUUCAAGCAAAGAUGAAAAAUGUACCUCUCGAGAUAAUCUGGGAACUUUAAACAAGAACCAUAAUGGUUGAAACCCGAUAUACAGCAAGUAUUACAUAACGCACACUCACUGAUAUGUACAGUGAAUUAUGGACACCCUAAGGUAAAGGGAGAAAAAGAAAUUCUCAUAUUAUUAGUGCUGGAAAAACCUCUGUAUUGACAAUAAAAAUUGUAUGAUUUUUACUGCAUACAAUAUCUAAUGAUUUAAGCAUUUGUGAAAGCUGUUCUUAAGCAAAUUAAUAUAAUAAUAUUCAUCUAUUGGAAUGUAUUUUGGAAUGCAUGUAAUAAUACAAACUGCAUUGCAUUUUUCAUUCCAACAGA